CCGCGGCUCCUCGUGCUGCGGCCUCAGGUUUCUGUAUAUCCAGAAAGAAAAAAUUUGACACCUUGCAUCCUGGAAGUUCAUUUAAGAGACUGAAAUUAGGGACUUCUUUCAAAUUUGGACAUGGCUAAUCGAGGAGCAACAAGACCCAACGGGCCAAAUACUGGAAAUAAAAUAUGCCAGUUCAAACUAGUACUUCUGGGAGAGUCUGCUGUUGGCAAAUCAAGCCUAGUGCUUCGUUUUGUGAAGGGCCAAUUUCAUGAAUUUCAAGAGAGUACCAUAGGGGCUGCUUUUCUAACCCAAACUGUGUGUCUUGAUGAUACAACAGUAAAGUUUGAAAUAUGGGAUACAGCUGGUCAAGAACGAUACCAUAGCUUAGCACCAAUGUACUACAGAGGAGCACAAGCAGCCAUAGUUGUAUAUGAUAUCACAAAUGAGGAGUCCUUUGCCAGAGCCAAAAACUGGGUUAAAGAACUUCAGAGGCAAGCCAGUCCUAACAUUGUAAUAGCUUUAUCAGGAAACAAGGCUGAUCUUGCAAAUAAAAGAGCUGUCGAUUUCCAGGAAGCACAGUCCUAUGCAGAUGACAACAGUUUAUUAUUCAUGGAGACAUCAGCUAAAACAUCGAUGAAUGUAAAUGAAAUAUUCAUGGCAAUAGCUAAAAAGUUGCCAAAGAACGAACCACAGAAUCCAGGAGCAAAUUCUGCCAGAGGAAGAGGAGUAGACCUUACUGAACCCACGCAGCCAACCAGGAGUCAGUGUUGUAGUAACUAAACCUCCAGUUUGAACUUCCUGGAAUAU